ACAUAUUUUGACUUCGUUAAAAUCGCUAUGUCAUCUGCGCUCUACUCCGCUCUAUUUAUACACAAAAGUGUUUGAUUUUUGCAUUUGAACGUACAUAUUGGUUUGUGUUAGAUCAUUGUAAAAUAAUAUUGAAAUGUCUAGUGCAAAUCGAAAUCUACAAUGGGAAGACGAUGACGAUGCCUUGAGUCAAGAAGUAUUGCGUAUGUCCACCGAUGAAGUAACUAGCAGGGGACGUCUCUUGGAUAAUGAAAUUAAAAUAAUGAAGAGUGAGGUUAUGCGCAUAUCUCAUGAAUUACAAGCACAAAACGAAAAAAUAAAAGAAAACACCGAGAAAAUCAAAGUAAACAAAACUUUACCAUACUUAGUUUCAAAUGUUAUAGAGUUAUUAGAUGUAGAUCCGCAAGAGGAGGAAGAAGAUGGGGCUGUGGUUGAUUUGGAUUCUCAAAGGAAAGGUAAAUGCGCCGUCAUUAAGACCUCUACCAGACAGACGUACUUUCUACCUGUUAUAGGUUUAGUAGAUCCAGAACAAUUGAAGCCUGGAGAUUUAGUAGGUGUCAACAAAGACUCAUAUUUAAUUUUGGAAACAUUACCUGCUGAAUAUGAUGCUCGAGUCAAAGCAAUGGAGGUUGAUGAGCGGCCUACAGAACAAUACUCUGACAUUGGUGGCUUAGACAAGCAAAUCCAAGAACUAAUUGAAGCGGUUGUAUUGCCAAUGACGCACAAAGAGAAGUUCAUAAAUUUAGGGAUACAUCCACCCAAAGGCGUUUUACUUUAUGGGCCACCCGGGACAGGAAAAACAUUAUUGGCUCGUGCAUGUGCAGCUCAAACUAAAUCUACAUUUUUGAAAUUGGCGGGGCCACAAUUAGUACAAAUGUUUAUUGGUGAUGGUGCAAAGUUAGUUCGUGAUGCAUUUGCAUUGGCAAAAGAAAAAUCACCAGCCAUAAUAUUUAUUGAUGAACUAGAUGCUAUUGGUACAAAACGUUUUGAUUCUGAAAAAGCAGGUGAUCGUGAAGUUCAACGUACAAUGCUGGAAUUAUUGAAUCAGCUAGAUGGCUUCAGUUCUACUGCUGAUAUAAAAGUAAUUGCAGCAACCAAUAGAGUUGAUAUUUUAGAUCCAGCAUUAUUGCGUUCUGGAAGAUUAGACCGUAAAAUUGAAUUUCCUCAUCCAAAUGAAGAAGCAAGAGCACGUAUUAUGCAAAUUCAUUCUCGUAAAAUGAAUGUGAGUCCUGAUGUGAAUUUUGAAGAAUUGUCACGUUCUACAGAUGACUUUAAUGGUGCUCAAUGUAAGGCAGUUUGUGUAGAAGCUGGUAUGAUAGCUCUGCGAAGAUCAGCAAAUUCAGUCACACAUGAAGAUUUUAUGGAUGCUAUUAUGGAAGUUCAAGCUAAAAAGAAAGCUAAUCUUAACUAUUAUGCAUAAUUAAGAUUGUAUUAAGUAUUCUAUGAAUAUAUGUAUUUGAUUUGAAUUUGAAA